UAAUCACUUAUGAAUGAGAAACUUGAGGGCUUGAUGUGUUUUCUAUAAAAUUAUAAUUGUCAUGAGGUCCUUUUUUCUUAAUUUACCAAAUCAAAUAUUUGGCAUGUUAUAAAAGCAAGUCAAACUCAUAAUAUAAUACAUUCAACGUUUAAAAUCCGCGAGUAAUUUGUAUAUUAUCUUAACUGAGUUUCAUUAUCUUAUAUUAUUUGUCAUGAUCAUAAGUAAUAUUUUUUUACUUAUUAAUACUAUGUCAUAUGGCGAUGAAAUAUUAACUUUACCGUCCACUUAUAUUACAAGAUGUGAAUAGUGUCACCGUCAUGCUCUAAAAUAUCUGUCACAGAAUCCAACUCUAUACUUUACCCCAAAAAAAAAAGUUCAACUCCAUUUAAAUAGGAGUUGCGCGGUAUGGGCUCCUUCCUCAUUUCGAAAAUUCAAAUAAAACCUCCCUCCCCCUCCUCCACCUCCACCACCAUUACCACCAUGUCCAACAACGAUCUUCUCACCUCCUUAAUCUCCGACAUCAAAACCUACUCCGGCAAAGACCCUCUUCUUCCAUGGCUAAGAGGGAUUCGAAAAAUGAACGACUCACUCCCACCUCGCACUCUGAAGGAGAAGCUCCCUCGCUUCUUGCAGAAAUGCGCGCAGACAUUCGAGUCCGAUCGGCGAUACCGAAAUGACCUGCGCUACAUUAGAGUUUGGUUAAAGUUGAUGGAUUUUGUCGAUGAUCCAAGAGCUCUGUUGAGAACAAUGGAGGCGAAUCAAAUCGGGACAAAGCACUCCUUGUUCUACCAGGCAUAUGCUCUCGACUAUGAAAAGAACAAGAAAUUUGAGGAGGCUGAGAAGAUGUACCACUUGGGAGUGCAAAACCUUGCAGAGCCCAUUGGAGCGUUAGAGAAGUCGUACAAACAGUUCCUUCAACGCAUGGAGAGACACAGGAGACACAGAAACCAGGAAAAGAGGACCGUGAAAAGGCCUCUGUCGGAUCGGACUAUCCCUCCAAAUGGAGAAAGAAACAAAGAAAAUGCCUGCAAAAUCGGGGCCAGGCCUAUAGAAUCCCAACAUGAUCAGUCUAGAAGUAAGCGUCAAGUGACUUCUGGAAGAGGGUCAGAGGAACCGAAGAUGUUUGCCGGCGAUGAUACAGUUGUGGUGAAGUUUGUAGACACUGCCAUUGUUGGAAAGUCUGAAGCGGAAGAUGCGUGUCAUCAUGGAUUGGUGGAUCCUACUGUAAACAUGAAAGAGGCCAUGAGCGCCAUCAACGACAUGUUUCGAGAGCCUAUAGAGACGGCUCCCAUUAGCAGAAGAUCUCACCAAUCCCAACCGAAGAACAAUAAUGUGGACAGUGGAUUCCAGGUAUUUGUUGAUGACGACUUGGAUAAUGGAGGGAAAUCAGAAAAUAAUAAGGAAGGAUUGAGUAGAACCGCUACCCACCAGUCUCACCAAGAACCUUUAAACAUUUUCAUUGAUGAUGCUAACGAUAGCCCUGAUCAGAGUGACGUCCAAAAUGCGGCUGCUGAUUCUACCUCACCAGCUUCACAUAGAAAUGUGUUUGUGUUUCCAAAUCCGAAGGAUCUUCCAGGUGAAGGUUCCAGUGAUUUGGAUGUUGGAGGCUCAUCUCGACCGAGGUUCAGGGAGGAUACAAUGGUUUGUAGGUUUGUUGGGGCCACCAUUUCGGAUGAGCCAGAGGGCUGGUUUGAGGAGGUCGAAAAUGCUUGCCACCAUGGUUUAGUCGACCCAACAAUAAACUUAAAGGAGGCCAUGGAUGAUAUCAAUAACAUGUUCGGGAAGCCUAUGGAUUUUGUAAGAAAGAGGAGAGUGAAGAAGCAGGACAGAGGAAUUGAUAGGAAAGAAGAUUUUGGUGGGUUUUCUAUACUUCCUGAUGAUAACUUGGACCAGAAGCAAGAGAAGAAAAUGCCAGAUUUGUCCGGAAGAUCAAGAGGUUCGGAUUUGUUCGAGGCCACUGUAACAACAAAGGAGGCCAUGGAUGAGAUCAAUAAGAUGUUUGGAAUGCCCCUGGACUUCUGGGAACAAUUUAAUGGCGGGGUAUGUGUGUGCGCGCGGGAGUUUUUCGGAUUUGUUGUGGAAUGAAAUGAGUUGUGUUCUUUCCCCAUUCAUCCCUUGUACUUAAAAGUUUCCAAUUUUAGUUUGAGCCGAAUUGUGCCUACAA